AUGCUUUUCUUCAGUUUCUUCAAGACGCUCAUAGACCAUGAGGUCACCGUCGAGCUCAAGAACGACAUCCAGAUCCGCGGCACGCUCAAGAGUGUUGACCAGUACCUCAACAUUAAGCUAGAUGACAUUUCGGUCGUUGAGGAGCUGAAGUACCCGCACCUGAGCUCCGUCAAGAACGUUUUCAUUCGUGGCUCCGUCGUGCGCUAUGUCCAUCUGCCCGCCAACCACGUAGAUGUCCCUCUUCUGGAGGACGCGACGCGGAGAGAGGCUGCUGCGCAGUCAGCAAAGGCAAAAUAA